GGCUGGGACGGCGCUCGCUUGGGUGCGCGCGGUAGGCGGCGUCGACCUGUCUGCCCUGAGAAGGCAGGAGGGGAAAAAAGUUUAUCUGUGGCAAUGAUAGAUCCUUUAGAGAACAACUUGUUUGAUCUUCCUGAUUAUGAGAAUACAGAAGAUGAAACGUUCCCACCUCUUCCACCUCCUGCCUCUCCAGGAAGAGACGACGUUGAAUGGGCUCGAGCUAAUGGAGAUGGAAACCAGCAGUCACAAACAAAGGACUCUGCCGUAGCUACACGGAAAGCAGUUAAAAGACCAAUGCCUAAACUAGAUGCCCAGAGGUUAAUCUCAGAAAGAGGACUUCCAGCCCUGAGACACAUGUUUGACAACGUGAAGUUCAAGGGUAAGGGGCACGAGGCAGAAGACCUGAAGACACUUAUACGACAUAUGGAGCACUGGGCUCAUAGACUAUUUCCAAAAUUGCAAUUUGAGGAUUUUAUUGACAGAGUCGAGUCUUUGGGAAACAAAAAGGAAGUUCAGACCUGCCUAAAGCGGAUUAGACUUGAUCUUCCUAUUUUACAUGAAGACUUUGCAAGUAAUGAAGAUGGUGGAGGGGAAAGCAAUGGUGUGGAUACAGCCACUGAAGAUGUACUUUCCUGCUCUGGAAAUGCAGAACUCAAUUCUCGGUCUGGUACAACUCUCACAGAAGAGCAACAACAGCGAAUCAAGAAGAACAGGCAGCUGGCCUUGGAACGUAGGCAAGCAAAGAUGCAGUGUAACAGCCAAUCGCAACACAACGAGCUCUCUGCUAGUCACUCAGAAGAGGAGUUUAAUACCCCAGUUGCUCAGGAUCCCGCUGAUCUUACCGAAGACACUCAAGCUACUGUAACCAAGGUUGCUGUUACAGAAGCUGAAGAUAUAGAAUUGGAAUGUGCCAGCGAAAAGCAGUAACUGUUCCCCAUACUUGGAAUGACUUUCUUAACAGAAAGACCCUGAUGUUUUAAGUACUAACAUUGUAUUGAAAUGUUGCAGGCUCUUUGCAGUCUGACUCCAGAAGCUUCAUGGAAGUCUUCACCAUGACUUCUGUACAGUUGGACAGAACUCUUCUCUUGGAACUGCAGAUGAGCAACUCCGUACACCGGAAAACAAAACCAAGUUCUUCAUCUGCAUUUGAGACAUCUUUCCCCCCACCCCCUCCUGUCAUUCUUUAGGAGAAGUUAAUGAGUUUUUUGACCUACUUUGAAUUUUGUUUACAGUUGAUGCCAAACUGAAUUAACUGGGAUACUGACAGGCCAAGUUUCUAUUAAAGUUGUUGUUGUGUCUUUUUUUUUUAAUAGAGGGUGUAUAUAUAAUAGCUGAUAGUGCUAUGUCUGAACAGGUGUCCUGGAUUUUUUUAACUUGCUUAUCAAGUACCUGUAUCUUGUUCUUAUAAAAUGGAAGCUAUUAAAUUUCAGAAGUCAAACCUGAAAUUCUUGUAUGAGGCUGUUACAGCUACAGCCCUUCUGAACUUCCACAUCCCUUGUGCUAGUCAAACAUCUCUUCACAGACAAGUACAUCCCCUUGGGGAAUGUGCUUUGGCUUUGACCAAAUUAGUUAUCUUCCUUCGGCUGAUUCUGUUUGCUGUCUGGAAGCUCUGUUUCAUCCUCUUCUUAAGUGUCUUGUUUUUCCUACUUGUGCAAUAGGUUUUCCCUCUGUUGAAUGAACAAGAAUCACCAUAAUGGUAAAGCCCUGAGCCUGCCCUCUCCAGCAGCGCAGCGUAGACUGUUGUUCGUAACAGAAACUGAAUUAAGACAAGAGCAGCACUUACAGCAGAUGAAAUAGUUCAUGUCAACAGGUGUUAUUUUAUGCCAGAUGUGCAGCUGAGGGAUUUCAGUAAACAAAGAUUCUGUAUUCUAGAUUAGUGUGAAGGAGUUUGCUUUUUGUAUCCUUGUAGCUAUGAGUUAAACUCGCUGAACUAUAGUGGAAGAUAGCCAACAGCUGUAGGAAAUACUUAGGUUUUAAGAACUCAAUUUAUGGACAACGUGGGAAAGUAACUUUUUGAAUGACAGUUGAAAGAAUUCACCACACUGUCUUUAGUUUAGAAGAUGAGAUUUAUCAUGUAUAAAAUCUUUUAAAAACUCAUACAUGUUCAUCAUCAGAUAAAAAUAAUUCCUAUUUAAAAUA